CCCCCUAUCAGACGCCAGCGGCCAUGUUAUGUCCCCAGGGAGUCGGUAAUAUUUUUUUGGUGGAAGCGCUCGGAAAGCGGUCUUCAUCCCGACUGAGAAGCGAGGUUCCGGCUUUCUGAAAAUAUCUGACGGUGUUCCAAGUACACGAACCUGUCGCCAUGAGCCGUCCGUCCUCAGCGGGCGGCGGGGGCGGAGGACUCGCCGGGAAGGCUGGCGGAGGCAAACACGGCGGCUCUUCCGGAGCAGCCGCGGCCGCCGCUGCAGCCGCCGCGGCAGCAGCAGCGGCAGCAGCUGCUGCGGCGGCCGCCGCCGGAGUGUCGGGGUCUGUGGCCGGCUCGGGCUCCGCCGCGCCUGCCGCGUCCGUGGCGCUACCGGCCGCCGCGCUGCAGGGCCAGUCGGCGGAGCUGACCGCGCUCUUCGAGUGCCCCGUGUGCUUCGACUACGUGCUGCCGCCCAUCCUGCAGUGCCAGGCCGGCCACCUGGUGUGUAACCAGUGCCGCCAGAAGCUGAGCUGCUGCCCGACCUGCCGCGGCCCUCUCACGCCCAGCAUCCGGAAUCUGGCUAUGGAGAAAGUUGCGUCCACGCUACCUUUUCCUUGCAAGUAUGCCUCCUCGGGCUGCAUGCUGUCGCUGCACCACAGCGAGAAGCCAGAGCAUGAGGAGCUGUGCGAGUUCCGGCCGUACACCUGCCCCUGUCCGGGGGCGUCCUGCAAGUGGCAGGGCUCGCUGGAGGCUGUCAUGCCGCACCUGAUGCACGCCCACAAGUCCAUCACCACCCUGCAGGGCGAGGACAUCGUCUUCCUGGCCACGGACAUCAACCUGCCCGGUGCUGUCGACUGGGUCAUGAUGCAGUCCUGCUUUGGAAACCACUUCAUGCUGGUUCUGGAGAAGCAGGAGCGAUACGAGGGCCAUCAGCAGUUCUUCGCCGUCGUGCUGCUGAUCGGCACCCGUAAGCAGGCCGAGGGCUUCGCCUAUCGGCUCGAGCUGAACGGCAAUCGGCGCCGGCUCACCUGGGAGGCCACACCGCGCUCCAUCCACGACGGCGUGGCCUCCGCCAUCAUGAACAGCGACUGCCUGGUGUUCGACACGUCCAUCGCCCACCUCUUUGCCGACAACGGCAACUUGGGCAUCAACGUCACCAUUUCCAUGUGCUGAAGAGGCGGGAGACGCCGUGGGAUGUCAGCCGCUCGGGCUUUUCUGGAGGAGAGGAGCCGUGCGCGUGCGUGUAUGAGUGUGCAGGCGCGUCUGUGCCUUCCUGAAUGCGUGAUCUUCUUUUGAGGCCAACUUCCUGCCGGAUCUAAGUGGUUGGCCCCCGGCUCUCUGGGACGAGGUGUUUACGUGACGACAACAACCUGAUCAACCUCCAUCGCGAGUUCGAGGGAGGGGACGUGCAAUGACAGGUUCAUAAAUGCCACAGGUACACUGACUGCCCCCUAACCUUCCCCCCAGUCCUGUGUAAUGGGCUCAGGCACGCCCCACCAAGUCAGGGGAGUUUCUUUGAGUUCUGCACUCUGUGCUGCCCCUAAGUGUUGGACUUGCAGUACUGCAACAGGCGUAAUUUUUUUUUCACUGAAGUUACAGCAAAGCAGUGUUUCGAAAACAAAGCAUUGAAACUGUGUGUGGGGUUAAGGGUAUUGCACAGGCUGAUGGAGACUGCCGGAGGCGCCGGGAUGAAAAUGGUGAUGGGCUUGAUGGUCCAGCUACCCGUGGUGGUUUGUGACGGAUGUUUGAGUUGCCGGAGCGGCGACAGCGUAAAAACGACGGCUUUUGGUUGUUAAUCGUUGAUACUGUGUGUGUGUGUGCGUGUGUGGUGAUCCCCCCCCCCACCAGCGGGCGUUAGCCCUUGUUGGGAAAUUUCCGAAUAAGAAUGACGAGUUAACGUGCCCUCGCCGUCGCUAAAAGCCUUGUUACCCUUGGUUACUUGCUCGACACAGCAGUCCUCUGCAGAUGGAUUCCCUGGAGUGGGGUGGGUGGGGGGGGGGGGGGAAUGUCAAAUCCAUUAAUGCCGCUUUUUAAAAAGGAGGAGGAAAAAAAAAGACUGGUUUUAUAACAAGAAGAACGACUUGUAUCGACAAGAUGGGGGUGGUGCUUGCGAUGUGCAUGUUUCAUCGUGACCAUUACUGU